AAAAAUUAGAAAAAGCCUUAUGGUUUUUUUUUUUUUUUUUUUUUUUUUUUUAAGAAACCUGCCAUCUACCCCCUAAGGAAGAAGCUGAUAAUCUAAGGCCCCUCUCUCCCUCUUCCUAACGCGACGACUCUCUACCAACCAUCCCCAAACUUGUCGCCGAUGACUCCCCGCCUCUAAACAUCUCGUACUGACGCGAUUCUUCCGCCAACUUAAACUCGGCGGCAUUCUCCGAAGACCACGAACGAACCGAGCGAAACUAACGAGAACGAACGUCCAGUCCACCCACCUAUAUAAUAUCAUCUAUCAUAGAUAAUACAACAACCCUGGCCGAAAGCCUCGCUACCUCGGCGCGGCAGAAGCCACCACUAACGCGCCCAUGUGGUGGUUCUUUCGCCUCGUCUCCGGUUCCGUCUUCCUCUUGACCAUCGUCUUAUCCAUACCUAUCUCUUUCGAUGUAGGCGGACGCGAUAGCGGGCUGGCCUACAGCCUUUCCCUCUUCGGCUUCUACCUUGUCUACAGCGCUGCCAAACUUGCUACCCCCGAUAGCUCACGCGUACGCUGGACCAUCACGAAGCUACUCCAGUCCUCCCAGUGGAUUAUUAUUCCCUCACUUCUAAUAUGGUCCCUCCACAAUUUUGCCGUUGACGCCAAUAGUACCGACUGGGUGUCCAGAACUAUCGGCGGGCUCGGACAGAAACAUGCCACUUGGACAGACUGGUUUUUCGGCAAUGGAGGAUUGGUAGAAUCAGUUACCCUCGGUGGUUGGGAUAAGACGUUGCGUUACUCAAGCCCAGUCUUCCAGCUUGCCGAAGGGUUCUGUACCUUGUUGGUCAUUCAGGCUGCGGGUUGGAUCUCGAGGGAGCUUGUGAACAGAGGAAGAAGCGAUACCUGGGUCCUUAUCCUCCUCAUCAUAUCCGCCUCUAUCAUUGCCAGCUCUGUCUACUUCCUAUGGAGAGUUGCUUUGUUCCCUUCCGUCAAUAAUGUCGACGCUAUACUUAUCGGUGUUACCGUCACCUCAGCUAUCUUCCUAGGUGCCAUAGGAAUUGGUACAGGCCGCGGAAAUCCCGUCGAAUCGUCAUUACUCUUCGCCUAUGUCGUUCUAUGCGUUUACCAGAUAUUCACCGACUAUGUUCAGUCGCCAGAAGCCCAAGCCCAGGCUGCAGAGCAGGCUGCCAAUCAACCAGAAUUUCCGCCUUUACCACCUAUUAUCAUGGCAAGCUACUCGACCCUUCUACAUCUAUUUAACUUCCUACCUUCGGCCGUCUACUCCUCCCUAAGCUUUCUCUAUGCGGCGUUCCAGACUAUUGCGCCUUCAGUCAUGAUAUCCCUAAUUUACCGACUGAUUGUGUUUUAUUGUGCAACUCGAAUUAUUCCGGCGGUGCGGGAGUCAGGUAUUGGUGCCUUAAUAAAUGACCCUGCUUUUGACGACUCAGACGAUGCAAAUCGUUUAUUAGGGUUCCUUUCAUGGUUCUCGCCUUCGAUCCUAAUUGCUGUCUACACAAGUCUCCUUUUACAGCACUUCUCUGCCAGUGCUGGUGAGGAAGGCUGGACGCUUCGUCAUGGAGACGCAGGAGGCAACACUUGGCGUUGGGUCAAUGUUGCCGCUACUAUGAUUCUUUACGCCAACGAGUUACGAAUAGGCAACGAACACCUAAAAACCGACUGAACACUAUCAUUUGGUAGUCUAGGAACAGGAAAGUUGAGAUAUUUUAGGCCUGUGGCAUGAUGCCAGUCCGGAACAACAGGUGACGAUGACCUCAUUAUGAGGAAAGUUACAUACAUUUUUGACCUUCGUCAGUCAUAAUUAUGAUUGAAAGUUGGCGGCAGCAUUGGGCAGGGUAGGUCGUCGGCUU